GUUAGGUACUGUUUACUAUAAAGAUGACAGUGAGCUAAUGCUAAGUUUGGACAGAGAAAAGUUGGUUCGCAGUGGCAUUAUUUGAUGAAAUCAUUGCACUUUUAGUUAAAAUGGCAACCCAAAUCCCAAUAACGGUGAGGGCGCAACCUGCGACCGCAAGUGCUGCGGCUGUCCGGGGGAAGAAGCGUCCAGGCAGCCCGGCGGUGUCAGGCGUUCAGCAGGCCACAGUGAACAGCAGCAUCAGCGGCAGCAAAAAGAAGAAACCCCCGCUGACAGUCACACCAGCCACACAGACGCAGAUAACUGCAGUCGAGACCGUGGUGGAGAUGAAGACAGUGGGUUCAGUGGACAGCACUCCGACCACCACAGAGACUGUCGUAAAGGCUCCUCCUUUCAAAGACAACACGUUUAUGCACUCAGGGAUUGGUGGAGCAGCAGCCGGCAAAAAGAACAGGACCUGGAAAAAUCUUAAACAGAUUCUGGCGUUGGAGCGGACUUUACCCUGGAAGCUCAGUGAUCCCAACUAUUACAACAUCGAUGCUCCUCCCUCUUUAAAACCAGCAAAGAAAUACUCAGACAUCUCUGGCCUACCUGCAAACUACACAGAUCCACAGACAAAGUUGCGCUUCACAUCAUCUGAAGAAUUCUCCUACAUCCGUCUCCUUCCUACCGAUGUGGUUACAGGCUACCUGACCCUUCGCAAGGCAACGUGCAUCGUGCCGUGACCGGUGAGCACAGCUCAAAGUUUAAAAACCUGUUGCAACCAGCGUUGGACUCGCUGCAGUGGACGUAGCAGCAGAGGAACAAGGCAUGAAUGUGGGGCCGCAGGAAGUCGCUGCUGAACUUUUGCACUGCAGUGACGAAGACAGCAGUCAGUUAUUACUGAUGACAUAGAAGAAGAAAGACUGUCAGUUACUCUAAUCUGUUCUAGUCAAUCUUUUGGGGGUUUCUGAGACUGUGUGAAGUCAUUCCAGCAGAGAAUAUCCAGCAAACAUUUUUAAUUUAUUAGUGCUGCAGAAAAAUGUUAAGCUCAGCAAAAAUGCGUACAUUUCCUUAAGUGUGAUGAGGUGUUUUUUCAGUAAGUACUUGCUAAACUUUGGAUAAUUAGAAUGGCUCCACUUGGUAGUGCUUCUGUUAGAGUUCCUUCUCAGUUUCAUUUAUGUUCAUACACUCCAACAAGGAUCAGAGAGCCUUUGGUUAAAAUAGAGACCCACAGCAUGACAGAUCCUCUGUCAUACUUAACAGUGGGCAUUAGGCCCUUUUCCUGUUGUUCAUGUUUGGAUUUCAUGCUAGACCCAUCUGGAGUGUGUCACUCUUAGCCAUAUCUCACAAAAGCACACGGUCCUAGUUAAAACCCUAGCAGAGGUUGGCAAUCUCCAACUUUACGUUUGUGAUUAUUGGACAUAAAAGACUUUUUGUUGAAAUGCCUCUCAAAGAACCAACAUGGCAUCUAAUGCAUAUUAUGGAGACUUGGUUUUCUGCAGUUUCAUUUCAGUGAUUGUAGUGAGCUUUAGAAACUCUCUUUACUUUCCUGACCAUCCUCCAAACUUUGCAUGUAAACAAGAUGAAUGUAGAUUCUCAUCCAGCCUAGCUGCCAAAAGCUAAAAUAAAUGAUUGGCAUAUUUUUACCUCAGGGAAACAGGAAGUCAUACAUUUCUAAUGAAAACGUUGAUUACCUUAGAAGUGCUUGGUAGUGUUUUUUUUUUCUGUAAAAUAUAUUGAGCAUGAAUAAAGUCAGUGUUUACAAACCUG